AAGGAAAACUUGUUAGCCAUUUUGCGUUUUCACAGAUUCAUAAAGACGCUCUAGACAGAGGUUAUUCCCCCACAAAGUCAACAGCUGGACAUCAGAACGAAGAGAGAUGCUUGUUCGUUUAUGGACCCUUUUCACAAGCCUGUGAUGACGCGUUUCAACGGUCAUCAUCAUCAUAAAUCCUUUGAAGUUUUUUAUAUUUUGAUUUUUAAAAAUAUGUAUGUACAUUUAUAGCACUAUACUUUGUAUUAUAUCACAUUUUCAUCAAGUUACAAAAAAAACUAGUUUACGCUAUGCGAGGGAGUUUCAAAUGCCGCGUCUAUGGGAGGAACGGUAAAUUUGACAUUGUUCUCUCUUCUGACUGCCGAUAUCGGUCUCUCUCAAUUUUUUUCCUUUGAUUGAAAGUCGUGAAAACACUAUCGUGUUUUUUUUCUUUUGCUAUUUGAGCAAAUGGGAAGGCAAAAAAUAUAUUUGUGGUACUUCCGCUAUGAGAAACCCGGAAAUGUGAGAAAGGUCUAUUUCGAAAUGAACGAGAAUAAUUCAUUCACUCGCUCACUCACUCACUCACUCACGAUUUGUUCGGAAAAAACGAUUUGUUCACGAAACAAACAACUGAAGGAGUUGUGUUCGUCAACAGGCACUGUUGGUUGGCGUAAUUCUUUGUUAACCGCAAUAAACCUUAUUUGUUUUGGGAAGGUGCUGCUUGUACUGGUAUCAUACUUUGUUGCUUCUCAGGUGGAUGAUGGCGACAACAGAGCGUUUAUACAUAGUGCUUAUGUUAUGUGUGUGCACGUGUAAUUGCGUGAGUGACUAUUACUCACUACUUGGAGUUUCUCGCUCAGCAUCUUCAAGAGAGAUCAAGAAGGCAUUUCACAGGCUGGCCCUUAAACACCAUCCUGAUAAGAGCCAAAGCCCGAAUGCACAGCAGACAUUCACACACAUUGCUCAGGCCUAUGAGGUGCUGUCUGACAGAGAGAAGAGACGAGUCUACGAUCAGAUGGACCACCUAACUAACCCUGAUCGGGACAGAAAGAGAACGUUCAAGAAAGAUGAAAAUGAGGACGUGGACAGCAAUCCCUUUGUCCAUAAAGGGGCGUUUCAUAGUAAAAGGUCUUUCCAGGAUUUUAGUUUAGAGGAGCUGCUGCAUACGCUGCGAAUGGAUGAUGACUUCUUCAUGGGUGAACAACCUGGUUAUGAAGGAUGGAGUUUUAUUUUUGGGCCUGAGGAUGAUGAUGAUGAAACAGUUCUCCUCAGUGAUCUAUUCAACAUGCUUUGAUAUCCAGAGUUUGUAUAUCUUGGUCAAGAUUAGGUUGUAUUUUUUAAUGUAUUUAUUAAUUACAUAAAUGUGAAUAGUUUUUAAAGUGCUUCUGCUUACUUUAUUCAAUAAAAUUUCAAAUUAAGCAAAAAAUGUAUCUGCAUAAUUUUCAAAUUAUUCUAUAGAUAAUGCCUAUAGAAUUCUAUGUCUAUAGAAUGCCUCUUUUAACUUUAAGUG